UGAGAAAAUAUGUGGAACCAACAGGUCGGACCACAUUCGGGCACAAUCAUGUGACUCCAAAUGAAAGCGCUGCAUAGCGUGAUUCAGUCAGCAGUGAAGCAGAGAAUCGCCAGAGCUGAUCUGCAGAGAGAGUCCUCGUCCUCCUCCUCCUGUCUGGAGCUCCUGAGGGAUCCUGCUACUCUUCCCUGUGGACACACCUGCCGUAAGACCUGUGUGGAACCAAUGAGUGAAGGUUCACAUGACGUGACAUUCUCUCCAGCUCCGAUCAUCCAGGCGGUGGUGGAACACACACACACACACACACACGGGACUCACUGCUGUGGAUCAACACACUGACAUCGAACACAAUCUGAGUUCACAACUUUGGACCGGAACAACUGAGCUCCGACAUGGACCCGAGAUUCACAGGUGACGCCUCUGCUGAGACUCGGGGCAGAGAGGAGGGAGACCCCCCCGCUAAAGGACCUGGGACCAAAGCUCAGAGAUCUGCGCUGCAGCCAGAACCAGCUGGACCUGGACCUGCACCUGGACCUGGACCCAGCUGUGUGUCUCUGAAGAGUGAUUGGUCCAUGCCUAGAUGGAUUGACUUCAGAGGAGGAGCGGCGUCUUCAGGUCCAAGGAUCCAUCAGGAACCAGAAGAGUCUGGACUCUGCUGUGACUCUCUGAAGAGUAAUUUUUCCAAGGAUCUCGUGAUUGACUUCAAAGAUGGACCUGAGUCUCCUGAGGAGAGAGAGGACCAUCAGAGCUCAGAGCUUCUCAGUGGUCAGCAACAUCCGGACUCCACACGGCAGCGACUGGAGCAGAAGUUCCUCAGCUAUGUGAACAGAGUCUGGAGGCUUCUGGGUCCAGAUGAGCCAGAGCCUCCAGAGACUGAGGAAGAGGAGCAAUGGAGGAGCAUCAGAGAAGAAUUCCUGAAGAUCACAGUUCACCUCCUGAGGAACAUGGAGGAGGAGGAUCUGGCCCAGCGUCUGUGGAGCAGAAGUGGCGCUGGAGUGUGUGCAGGGCGACUGAAGAGGAGCCUGCAGAAGAAGUUCCACAGUGUGUCUGAGGGGGUCGCUAGAGCAGGAAACUCUGCCCCUCUGAAUCAGAUCUACACAGAGCUCUACAUCACUGAGGGGGGCACAGAGCAGGUCAACCAGGAGCACGAGGUCCGACAGAUCGAAGCAGCAACCAGGCAGCAGACCAGACCAGGAACUACCAUCAGACCAGAAGACCUCUUUAAAGCCUCACCUGACACAGACCCACCAAUCAGGAGCCUGCUGACGAAGGGCGUGGCUGGCAUUGGGAAGACCCUCCUGACACAGAAGCUGACUCUGGACUGGGCUGAAGACAAAGCCCACCACAACUUCCAGCUGGUGUUUCCUUUCACCUUCAGAGAGCUGAACCUGCUGAAAGAGAAGCAGUUGAGUUUGGUGGAACUUGUUCAUCUCUUCUUUCCUGAAACCAAAGACUCAGGACUCAGCAGCUUUGAAGGAGUCCAGGUUCUGUUCAUCUUGGACGGUCUGGACGAGUGUCGACUCCCUCUGGACUUCAACAGUCGGGUCCUGACAGCAGCUACAGAGUCCACCUCAGUAGACGUCCUGCUGACCAACCUCAUCAGGGGGAAGCUGCUUCCCUCAGCUCAGCUCUGGAUCACCACACGACCAGCAGCAGCCCAUCAGAUCCCUCCUGAGUGUGUGGACAUGGUGACCGAGGUCAGAGGGUUCACUGACCUCCAGAAGGAGGAGUACUUCAGGAAGAGGUUCAGAGAUGAGGAGCAGACCACCGUCAUGUCUCACAUCCGGAGCUCACGAAGCCUCUACAUCAUGUGUCACAUCCCCAUCUUCUGCUGGAUCACUGCCACAGUUCUGGAGGACAUGUUGAAGAGCAGAGAGACCAGAGAGCUGCCCAAGACCCUGACUGAGAUGUACAUCCACUUCCUGGUGGUUCAGGCCAAAGUCAAGCAGCUCAAGUACCAUGGAGGAGCUGGGACCGACCCAGUUUGGGAUCCUGAGAGCAGGAAGAUGAUGGUGUCUCUGGGAAAACUGGCUUUUGACCAGCUGCAGAGAGGAAACUUGAUCUUCUAUGAAUCAGACCUCACAGAGUGUGGCAUCGACAUCACAGCUGCUGCACUUUACUCAGGAGUCUUCACACAGAUCUUCAGAGAGGAGAGAGGACUGUACCAGGACAAGGUCUUCUGCUUCAUCCACCUGAGUCUCCAGGAGUUUCUGGCUGCUCUUCAUGUCCACCUGAAGUUCUUCAACUCUGGAGUCAACCUGCUCGACUCGCAGCAAACAUCCAAACUGGCAAAAAUCUUUGGACUUCACAUCAAACAGUUCUACCAGACAGCAAUAAAUGAAGCUGCAGAAAGUCCAAAUGGACAUCUGGACCUGUUCCUGCGCUUCCUUUUGGGUCUUUCUCUGCAGACCAGCCAGAGGCUCCUUCCAGGUUUGUUGACACAGACAGGAAGUAGCUCCUGGACCCAUCAGGACACAGCAGAGCUCAUCAAGAAGAAGAUAAGGCAGAGAGUGUCUCCAGAGAGAAUCAUCAAUCUGUUCCACUGUCUGAGUGAAGUGAAGGACACUUCUCUAGUGGAGCAGGUCCAACAGCAGCUGAGAUCAGGACGUCUCUCCUCUCGUAAACUGUCUCCUGCUCAGUGCUCCACCCUGGCCUUCAUCUUACUGUCCUCAGAGGAAGAUCUGGACGUGUUUGACCUGAGGAAAUACUCUGCUUCAGAGGAGGCUCUUGAGAGGCUGCUGCCAGUGGUCCAGGCUUCAAAGAUAGUUCUACUGAGCUACUGUGGACUGUCAGAGAGAAGUGGUUCCCUUCUGUCCUCAGUCCUCAGCUCUCCGUCCUCUAGUCUGACACAACUGGACCUGAGUGUCAAUGAAGACCUGAAGGAUGCAGGAGUGGAGCUGCUGUCUGCUGGACUGAAGAGUCCACACUGUCACCUGGAGACUCUCAGACUGAGCCACUGUGGACUGUCAGAGAGAAGUGGUUCCCUUCUGUCCUCAGUCCUCAGCUCUCCGUCCUCUAGUCUGACACAACUGGACCUGAGUGACAACUGGGGCCUGAAGGAUGCAGGAGUGGAGCUGCUGUCUGCUGGACUGAAGAGUCCACACUGUCACCUGGAGACUCUCAGCCUGAGCUGCUGUGGACUGUCAGAGAGAAGUGGUUCCCUUCUGUCCUCAGUCCUCAGCUCUCCGUCCUCUAGUCUGACACAACUGGACCUGAGUGUCAAUGAAGACCUGAAGGAUGCAGGAGUGGAGCUGCUGUCUGCUGGACUGAAGAGUCCACACUGUCACCUGGAGACUCUCAGACUGAGCUACUGUGGACUGUCAGAGAGAAGUGGUUCCCUUCUGUCCUCAGUCCUCAGCUCUCCGUCCUCUAGUCUGACACAACUGCACCUGAGUAUCAACAGGGACCUGAAGGAUGCAGGAGUGGAGCUGCUGUCUGCUGGACUGAAGAGUCCACACUGUCACCUGGAGACUCUCAGUCUGAGAGGGUGUAAGAUCUCAGAGAGAGGCUGUGCUUCUCUGGCCUCAGCUCUGACCUCUAACCCCUCCCACCUGAGAGAGCUGGACCUGAGCUCCAACCAUCCAGGAGGACCAGGACUGGAGCUGCUGUCUGCUGGACUGAGGAGUCCUGACUGGAGGCUGGAGACUCUCAGGAUGGACAACUGUGGACCACGGUGGUUAUAGAUCUGACCUGAAGAAGUUGACUCUCACAAGAGACGGAGGGAAAGAAGAGGAGUCUGAGUUUGGACACAAGCUUCUUCCUGGAGUCUGUGCUGCUCUGAUGCUGCUGGACAGAGAGUCUGUCACCGUCAGAGAGAAAUUAUCAUCAGGAGCUCACAAGUCUCUCCCAGAGCAGCAGUGGGGAUGAACUUUGACCUUCUUCUCUGUCAUUUGUCAAGACUGACUCAGAGUCUCAGCAGCCACUCCGUCAUCCUGGAGAGAUCAGAACAUUUUCAUGAGUUGAUUCCUGAUACACCAGUGUGAUGUGGACACUUCAGGAGGCUGAACUUCAGGAAGUGAAAUAUAUUGUUGCCUCCUCCUCCUCCUCACCUCUGAUCAUACAGGUGCUCAGCAUUCAGUUGAAGAGCAGUUUCAGAAAACAGACCUGGGGUUCCGACCAUCCAGAUACUGACUCCUGUCUGACCAUGACACAAAGUGAGACUGGUUCAGCUUCAUGGUGGAGGAAACCUCCGCAGGAGAAGCUGCUGUGUGGCUGCUGUGCACUGUGUUGGGAUUCAAACGUUUGAGGCAAAGUGAUUUGAAAAUGAAUGUGUCACUGUAAAUACGGAAAAGAUGGUUCUGUUGAUAUAAUACACAAGUUGAAUGCAGUUCUUUGGUUUAUGAAAUGAAUGAGUUCCAGUGAAAAUAAGUGAUAUGAUGUUGAAAACCGAAUGAGGACAGCUCCUCCCACUAAGCCUUUGUUUUUACCCGCUGCUUCCUGUUCCUGGUUGUUUUCUUCUCCUUGACAGUCAAUUGGCAGCUGCACCUAAUGCCAUGGGUUGAACCCCAACUCUUGAGGAGAAGCUGGAGGUUGAUGCAGCGGCAGAUUUCCCUCCAUCGUGGUAUGAUCUUGUCUCUCUCUGCAAACACCCGAGUAAAAUCCCUGCCACUUUCCCCUGCACUGUGGAGGACAUUAGUCUGGCUGUGGGGGGGAAGUGGGGCACGGCAGCAUUAGAUGGGCUCCUCGCACGAAUAGUGUCCUGGUUAUCUUUCUGGAUCGGAGUCAAAUAGUUUGGACAGAAUCCAAAGUGUGGCUCACAUCUCUCUCUCUCUUUGUCUGUGCUGUCUGCUCUGUCGAGCAGUUUCAGCUUAACACCAGCUGCUCUGCUUCACAAGGCUGCCUUUAAGUCAGGGACAACAUCAACAUCUUCCUGCAUCACCUGCUCUCCUGUACAUCUAGACUCUCUGCACCUGCUUAGAACAGAGAGAGACCAGGGCCAAAUAGUGUUCUGUGGGGUUCGACUAACUGUGUGUCGCUCUCUGUAAUGGCAUGGUAGACGUGGGCUGGAUCACCGAGACACUGGCUCCUGGUCCAUCUUGAACCGGACUUCAUGGUUUCUCGCGCUCACAUCCACAAACCAUGGAUUUAAGCCUGCGUCUACUGAGCCUCGGAACUAGGGAGUGUCAUCAUGACGUUCUGUCUCUCCCUCAUGUACCGCUUUGUUAGAUGGACAUACUGUACUGUCAGGGCCUCUCUUUCCACAUGUGGCGUCUCUGGCUGGGCAUUGUGUUCUUUGGCAUGAGCAGGGGACUUUCCACGCUAGUCUGGUGUCUCUCAGCCCCACCACUAUGCCAUCUGUUAUCAGCUCCUGGUGGAGCACUUCUCUGCCAGGGCAUAUAAUGCAACAGUCUCACUGGGCUGCUGCACCCUCUGCUUGAAUCUGGCCCUCUCACGUAUCACAUUCUUCCUGGGCACAAACUGGGUUUCAAAUGUGGCUUUGACUGAGGUGAGCUACUGUCUCUGCGCGUCGGUUUAAUCCUGACCAGGCAGGACGUCGUCUGCUUCUUCCCCCAUGCAGUAGAUCAGAGCGUUCCCCUGGUUAGCUUCUGUGCUAAGAUGGAGGUCGCUGGCCAGUCAGAAUCUCUGGAACCUGCUUAUCCACCGUUCCCAAUCCUGAGGCCUUGAGAAGUCCGGCGCUUCAGGAGGUUGGAUGGAGAAUGUAGCACUGGGAGGAGCGUUAGCAUUAGCCACUAGCUGUGGAGGUUGCAGCCGCGUCGUCUCCUCUCUCGCUGGCGUCUUGAAACUCUCAGCUCUCAUAGUUGCUUUUCUUUUCCCGCUACCCAGCUUCUGACACCAUGUUGUGUGUCGCGUGGUUAGAAGCAGUGGGUUUUAAGUGGUGCGAGUCAUUUAUUCUUCUUCCCUGGCACAUCCCAUAGUGUCACACCAAACAUGCACCCGAGGCCCACUUCAAUAUACAAGCUAACACCACACCCUUGGCUUGGAUUGUUCUGUCUGGAGCUGCAUGUUGAAUAAAGGUUGUGAACUUUGUAGAAGCGGAUCCGUUCUGUAUUUGGAUCCACCGCUGAGCUCCACCUCACACCGUCGUUGUCCAUGUCUUCUUUUUCUAGGCGACAAAAACAUGCUGUACUGUUUUUCACCUUCUUCUAUCCACUUGGCCCUGGAUCUUCUGUCGGCCCCUUUAGCUCUUGAGACAUGAAUCUCAUCAAGUUAGUUUUGUAUCCACGUCAGCUCUUGUUUAUCCCCAUCAGAGGGCGCCAUUUUCACUGGACUGGUGUUCAUUUCUGUGGUUGGAUCAAGCUCAUGUGAUCUCAAUGAAUCUUCAGCCGUCACGUCUGCAACUGUUUUCUCCAUGCCGUCAGCACAUUCAAUAGAGACUGGAACAAGGGUGGGUUCAAAUGUUGUGUGAUGAUAUGCGAGUAACGACCCUUGAUUUCCACCGCUCUUCAAAGCAGUGCAUAUACGUCCCCUACUUGUUGCGGUCUGACGACGUUGCUGUAACAGUAGAGAUGGUAAAAUCCUGCUUUUUUUUACUUGAUAUUUUUUUAUUGUUGAUGCACAUAUAGAAUACAGUUACAGCAUUAUUCAUUUCACUUCAGUACAUCAUAGAAAACUUAAUUGUAUACAUGUAAUAAUAUGGGGGAAAAAAAGAAAAGGAAAAUGAAAGGAAAUGCAAAAUUCAAAACCAUAUGGAAGAGAAAAAAAAAAUAAAAUAAAAUCAAAUGCUGUCUGUGAGGGACACUUAUAUUAUUUCACAAUACAAUACUUGUUUGUUUUUUGUCAUUCAACCAUUUUUCCCAGCUCCGGUCAAAUAGUUCUUUGAUUUUCAACUUAAAUGUGAGUUUCUCCAUCAUUGACAAAUGUUGAACAAUGUCAGUCCAUUGGCCCACGUCCGGUGCAACAGGUUGGAGCCAUUUUCUUGCAAUAGCUUUCUUUCCAGCCACCAAAACAGUCUUGACCAUGUAUGAGUCUGAUUUGUGAACAGUUCCUUCAAGAUAUCCAAGGUCCAAUACACUUCCAGAAAAGGGUGUCUUGUAUCCCAGCACUUUGCAUAUUAUCCCGUGAAUAUUCGGCUGGAUUUCGGGACAACUCCAAAAGAUAUGUGUAUGGUCGGGAUGAAUUUGCUCACAUUUUCUCCAACAUGUCUGGUUUUCUUUACAUUGUUUACUUUUAAUCUGGGGCGUAAUAAAGUAUCGUAUUUGAUUUUUCCAUGAAAAUUCUCUCCAUUCAUGGGAUUGAGUGGUUGUUUUCAGAUUUUUCCACAUUUUGUUCCACAUUUCAUGAGUUAUUUCUUCACCUAAUUCUUUAGACCAUUUAUCUUUAACAUAUAUUGUGGUUUCAUUUUUAAAUCCCAUUAAAUGUAAGUAUAAUAUUGAUAUUGCUUUGGUAAUAAUAUCGUCAUAUGAUUUCAUCAUUAAUUUAAUUAUAGGGCGACUUUCUUCUGUAUUUGUCUUCAUUUUUUUAUCAUAAUAAUCUCUUAUUUGUAGAUAUCUAAAGAAAUCCUAUUUAUCUCAUUGAAAUGUAUUCUUUACAUUUUGCAAUGUUUUUAUGGCCCCAUCCUCAGUCAUUUGAUGAAAUGCAGUAACCCCUUUAGACGUCCAUUGUUUGAAUGUAUUAUCCAGUUGAUUUGGCUCAAAGUCCUUAUCGAAUGCGAUCCAUUUCAGGAGGCCCAGUUCUUUUCCUAUUUUUUGUUUCUUCAUUAUUGAUGCCCAUGUGUCCAAUGUGAACAUAAUUAUCAAGUUUUCAUCCAAAUCAUUGUGAAUCUGAAUUGGUUCCUUUUCCCCAAGUCGUGUUUGUAUGGGAACUGUCACGGCUCCGCUUCCAGGCUCCGAGUCCUGGUUUUGCGUUUCUCCCUCUGUUCCUUUGGCACACGGCUGGAGCCGAUUAACCCCUGACGAACUGUCUUCAAAAACACCUGGGCUCCAGCAACGUGUGCCAGAUCGUUGUCUUUGUUUCCUGCCAGUUCGCCUCGUCCCUGUGUGUUUCCUCUGGUUCCUGUGAGUUUGGACUCCUCUCGUUCCCCUGUGGUAACUCCUGGUCCUCGUGUCUCUCCCUGUGUUCGGCUUUUUGUUCUGUUCUGCCAGCUAGCUCAUUUAACUCCUGGUUCUCUCUGUUCUCGGUCUCUCGUUCUGUGAGCUCGCUUAUUUUGGAUUUGUCUGUGUUUAACUGUGAUUCCUGAGUUAGUGUUUUUGGUUUCUUGCUGUUUGCUGUGUGUUUCUUGGUUUCUUUUGUAGUUUAUUCUCGGUUUCAUUUGUGAUUUAAGUUCAUUUAACUCCCGGUUCG